AUUUUAACUUGUUGAGUUCAAAGAAGAUCCAAUAUGGGUGAUAAGGCUGCAGAAGGAAUGUUAACCAUAGCCGACAAGGCUCCGGUUACUUCCGAGAGAAAAAUUCGAGCCGACCUCGACAACAAGCUUCCUAAACCAUAUAUGGCGCGAGGGGUGACUGCACCUGAUACUGAUAACCCGAACGGGACAAUGGGACAUAAGCAUCACAAUAUGUCCGUUCUUCAACAACACGUUUCGUUUUUCGAUCAAGAUGACAAUGGGAUUAUCUUCCCUUGGGAGACUUUUAAAGGAUUUUGUGACCUCGGAUUUAAUGUUGUUGCUGCUUUUGUCUUCAUGGUACUUAUCCAUGGCGCCAUGAGUUACGUCACUUUGCCUACUUGGUUGCCAUCACCUUUCUUCCCCAUAUACAUAGAAAACAUACACAGGGCCAAGCAUGGUAGUGAUUCGUCAACUUACGACACAGAAGGAAGGUUUAUCCCAGCAAACCUUGAGAACAUGUUUAGCAAAUAUGCUCUAACGGUGCCCGAUAAGCUCUCGUUUAAAGAACUUUGGCAUAUGACUGAUUCAACUCGCAACGCCUUUGAUUUCUUUGGCUGGACCGUAAGCAAGUUGGAAUGGGGGGUUCUUUACGUGCUUGCAAAGGACUCGGAUGGGUUCCUAUCGAAAGAAUCAGUAAGGCGUUGCUUUGAUGGAAGCUUGUUCGAGCAUUGUGCAAAGAUGCAAAAGGGGGAUGUGAAUAAGAUGGGAUGA